AUGUCAUCUGAAGACAGAAAUAUGUCAGGUAAUAAUCAGAGCUCAUGGGCAGUGUACGCAAAUAGUAUAAUAUUCAAUUGGGAAAGGCAUCAACGUCCACGGCGCGGUAUUCAAAAUCCGUUCAGACUACAGAGCAAAGAACGCUUCGUGGGGUCCAAAGGCAAGCACUUUGGAUCAGGAUGCUUCGAGUGGAACUGCGGCUUUCGACGCAAACAUAACCUCGCUGGAGAUGAUUACCAGUUUUGCAACGGAUGUGAUGACCCGAGUGGGCAUGUUCCAAGAAAAGCCUUCGAAUCGACUUCCUACCAGUCCGCAAAAGCGUCCGCAAAGGUUGUUCUCAAUGAUACCGUAUACAAACGGACAGAGGAAGUGGUUCGCGACUUCGAGAAGAACGAAGGACCAGAGCUCCAAAAGGCUUUGAUGGACUACGAUCGGAAUCACAAAGACACGAGCUAUAUAUGUGAACCAUGGUUCGACAUGUAUUUACGAUCUCGAAUACCGUGUCCGGUUAAUUAUAACCCUUUCAUGAUGUAUGCACCUGAUCCGGAUGCACGAUUCAAUCAUCAGCUGUCGCGUGCGACAAACUUCGCCAUUUCUUUCGCAAGAUUCAAACGUGCCUUGGAUGCCAAUAUUCUUGCCCCUGAAGUGUUUCAUCUCAACCCUAAGAAGAGCGACACCAAGUUGUUCCGCAAUGUUUGCAAAGCACUUCCGUCGAGUCUUUCCUGGUUUGGAGCCGUAGCAUUUAAAGCUUUUCCUCUCGAUAUGAGCCAGUACAAAUCAUUGUUCAAUGGAACGCGCAUUCCAAGGAAGGAUAAAGAUAUUCUGUACCAGGAUUCGACUCAAAAACACUUCAUGGUUCUAUGCCGUGGUAGGGUCUAUGUGGUAGACAUUUUUGAUGAUAAAGGUAACGUACUGCCUGCUGAUAAUGUGCACAAUUCACUAGCUCAUAUCCUUGGAAGUGCAAAGCAGCAAGAUUCUGAUAGAUGUAUAGGUAAGUUUCUCGUUAGUUCAUCGCGAUAUUUCGUUCUCAAGUCUUACAUAAUUUUCAAAUUC